AUGUCAAAUCCACAUACUAAUGGUGCUGGCAAUGAUGAUGGAAUCCGCCCCACUAGCUCCAUAGUUGAAGUGCAUUCAGUUGAACCAAGUAAUUCCAACUACGCCCAGUCAACACCGAAUCUCGAGUACAACAAUGAAAAGGCCUUGAAAGUCAGUACCGAAGACCACACGACUACUGACGAAUUAUCCAAAGAAGUCAGCAGUUUGGAAAACACAACUCAGUACCCAACUGCGGAACCACAAGCUCAUUUAUCGUAUUGGCAACGUUUCAAAUUGAAAUGCCCUUGGUAUAAGACAGCAUUUCACAUCAUCUUGGCUUGUUUCUUUACUGCGUGGUGGUUAUCGAUUAUAAUUCAGCCCAAACAUCGUCAUCAGUGGUUGAUCCCCACCGUACUAUGGGGAAUGAUUAUGGUUCGCUUAAUCACAUGGCACUAUCGUCGCAUCUUACCCUGGUGCUUGAAACACGCUAAAUGCGUAUGGGACCGCUGUUGUGAUGUUGUUUAUACCAAAUUGUUUGUACAGCGGUACCAGCGAUUGUUAGCUGGUGCAACCAUUGUCAUUGCCGCUGUUUUGUUGGGAACUUUUAUCCCUACAGAAACCGAUUUUUCAAAGAGACCCGAUAGGGCAAUUUCAUUCUUUGGAUGUCUUGUUGCGAUUUUCGGAUUGUUUGUCACUUCGAAAAACCCCAAGCGAAUCCAAUGGAACACUGUGAUUGGUGGGUUCUUGAUGCAGUAUAUCGUGGCAUUAUUUGUGUUGCGAACGAAAUGUGGGUUUGAUGUAUUCAAUUUCAUUUCAACAUUGGCUAGAGAAUUAUUGGGAUUUGCUAAAGAUGGAGUUGCAUUCUUGACGACGCAAGAAAUCGCCAAUAAGCCAUGGUUCUUUUUCACAGUGUUACCAUCGGUGGCAUUCUUUGUCGCAUUUGUUCACAUUUGGUACUAUUACGGAGUAAUUCAAUGGGGAAUUAGGAAAUUUGCAUACUUUUUCUUCUGGUCAUUGAGGGUUUCGGGAGCUGAAGCAAUGACUGCAGCAGCUUCGCCAUUUAUCGGCAUUGGUGAAUCAGCAAUUUUGAUUAAAGACUUGAUGCCGUAUUUGACCAAGGCGGAAUUGCAUCAAGUUAUGACCUCUGGGUUUUCAACAAUUUCUGGUGCCGUUUUGGUGGGGUAUAUUGGAUUGGGAUUGAACCCACAAGCAUUGGUUAGUUCUUGUGUCAUGUCUAUCCCAGCUUCGUUGGCAGUCUCCAAGAUGAGAUACCCCGAAACUGAUGUCCCUGUAACCAAUGGUAAAGUCAUGAUCACCAAUGAUAGCAAAAAAGAUGGUGUUGAGGAUGAUAAGGAUAAACCACAAAAUGUAUUGCAAGCAUUUUCUAAUGGUGCUACCUUGGGGUUGAGAAUUGCUGGAACUAUGUUGAUUCAAUGUAUGUGUAUCAUUGCCCUUGUUGCAUUGUGUAAUGGGAUCCUCACGUGGUUCGGAAAUUACUGGAACAUUAAUGAAUUGUCGUUGGAACUCAUGUUGUCAUAUUUGCUUUACCCAGUUGGAUUUCUUCUAGGUACACCAAGAGAUGAGAUAUUGUUGGUGACCAAAUUAUUAGCUUACAAAUUUGUUCAAAAUGAAUACGUCGCUUACAACUUGUUAAUCAACGAAGCUCCAUAUAAUUUACUAUCAGCUAGGGGUAAAUUGAUUGCAACGUAUGCAUGUUGUGGAUUUGCCAACUUGGGAAGUUUGGGAAUCACGUUGGGUGUUUUAAACACAUUGACAAACAAUUCAAGAGCUAAAGAUAUCUCGCAAAGUAUAAUGUCGGCAUUGUUCUGUGGGUUUGUUGCAACAUUGACUUCGGCAGCAAUUGCAGGAAUGGUUCUACAUGAUUUGCAACAUUUUAUAAGUUGA